AUGCAGAUCUCACCCUUGCUGGCUGGUGGACUUUUACUCGCGCUGCUCUCGGUCAGGCUGGAGGCGAAGCCGGCGUCUCAUCUCCCACAGAAGGCCUCCCGCGGGUCGGCAGCAGCGGCAGCGGCGGCGGCAGCGGCGGCAGCGGGUCCGCCCGAGGCGGCGGAGCGGGAGAAAGAGCGGGAGAAGGAGCGGAGCGGCGGCGGCGGCGGCGGCUCGGGCCCGCGGGAGGCGCGGGAGGCGCGGGCCGAGGUGCGGCCGCGGGCGGGCUGGGCGCGGCUGCUGCAGGACCCGCCGGGCCGCCGCCACAAGGGCCUCCACAAGAAGGGCCUGGGCAAGGGCUGCUUCGGGCUCAAGCUGGAUCGCAUCGGCGCCAUGAGCGGCCUCGGAUGCUGA